AUGUCACCUAUACGACGAUCUGCCAAAUCGAACAAAACCAACACUUCCUCUUCGUCUUCAUCCUCCUCAGCUCAAGCAGGAUCCUCAGCCAGUUCCAUGGAUGGGUUCCCACGUACUUUCGAUGAGACCACCAUACUUCGCAAUGCCCUCCUAGAGACCGAGAGAAAAGCAAUCAUCCUUGAAGGUCAACUCGCUAUCAAGGAAGAAGAAUACACCAAGCUUUUCCAAGAAACUACUCAGCUGGAUGAACGACUCAAGCAGUUCUCGUCUCGAGUCAAUGACAUCGAGGAAAGUGAGAAGCUGAAAAGUACGAUCAAAAAUAAAGAAGGUGAAAUUCGAAGAUUGAAAAUGGAACAUAUCAAUUGUCAGGUUAUGAUCGACAAGCAAUUUUCUGAUCCCGAUUCCGAUUUGUUCUUACUUCAUCGUAAAGAAUUACUUGACGAACUAAAAUCACUUAAAGAAAAUAACAACCAACUUAAAGAACAAUUGAAAAGUUUAGACGAAGAGUUGUCUAACCAAAUUGCAAUUAACAUUUCUACUCAAGAUCAGAUCGAUGACCUAUCUGUUGUCAAAACGCAAUAUGAAGAAUUGAAAGUGAAAUUUGACGAUCUACAAAAAAGUAAAACUAGAACCAAGUAUGAAGAUGAGGAAAGUAGGAAGAUGAAGAGGGAUUUGUUAUUUGCUAAUAAUCGAAAUAUUGAAUUGAAAGAACGAUUAAAUGAGACGGAAGAACAAAAGAAGAAAGUGGAAGACUCGAAAGAAAAACUCGAAGGAAAACUUGCAAAAAUCAGAGAGAUGCUUUGUGAUGACAUGCCAGAAGGAGAAAAAGAUGACACUUCCCGUCCCGAUGAUGGUUCAGAAAUGGUCAAGGUCAGGGAAGAAGGUGAAGGAUCAGGUGGUAGUGGGGCGGGAUCGAAGGACCGAAAGGGGAAGAAGAGGGCGUCGGAGAUUGAUGCAGGUGAUACGGAUAGUAAGAGAAGUAGAGCAGCUUCGGGAGGGAAGGCCAAGGCCGAAGGAAAGAUCUGA